AUGAGCUCCCAGUUUCUCCCGGUGACUUCCCAGUUCAUCCCAGUAGCCCUCAGUUCAUCCCAGUUCAUCCCACUGUGCACGCUGCUGUUCGUGCUGGCUCUGCGGGGCCCGCUCUGGCUGCCGGCGCUGCUCUAUGGGCUGUGGCUGCUGGCCGACCGUGACACGCCCCGCCGCGGGGGGCGCCCGUGCGCCUGGGUGCGCGCAUGGCCCGUCUGGAAACACUUCCGGGAUUACUUCCCCAUCUCGCUGAUCCGCACCACUCCUCUGGACCCGGGCCGAAAUUACAUUUUUGGUUUCCACCCUCACGGCGUUUUGGCCGCCGGAGCUUUCGGGAAUUUCUGCACCGAGGCCACCGGGUUCGGGCUCCUGUUCCCGGGGCUGCGGCCGCACCUGCUCACCCUGCCCUGCUGGUUCCGCCUGCCGCUCUUCAGGGACUACGCCAUGGCCGGCGGUCUGGUGUCCUCGGAGCCCUCCAGCCUGGAGCAUUUGCUGGCGGGGGAGGGCGGGGGUCGCGUCGCCGUCAUCGCCCUGGGGGGACCCCCCGAGUCCCUGGAGGCUCAGCCGGGGGCGCUGCGGCUGCAGCUGCUCACGCCGCUGGUGCCCGUGUUCAGUUUUGGGGAGAACGAGGGGAAUUUUGGGGUCCCAAAAGGGGAAUUUUGGGGCUCCCAAAUGGGGGCGCCCCUGGAGCUGCCGCGGGUUCCGAACCCGUCGGGGUCGCAGGUGGAGCUUUGGCACCGCCGCUACCGGGAGAGUCUGGAGCGACUUUUUGAGGAGCACAAAGAGGGGUUCGGGGUCCCCCCCGAGCGGCACCUGAGCUUCGUGUGA